GCCAAAGCACAGCAUUGCUGCUUGGCUUCUUGAGAGGAGAGAGGCAGAGAAUCACAAGCCUUCUCCUCCUACAUCCUGUGUGUUAGCGUGUGGCUAUUUUUCACUGGUACACACGUUGGCUGGUGGAAUCACACAGCACUGUUAGCAUUAGCGGAGGAUCUGUGCUGUGUCUUCCAAAAUGCUCAACAAUCUCACUGAAUGUGAAGAGGGCGAAGGGGGACCCAACAGUCAGGGAGAUGCAACUUCCAAGGAGAGCAGCCCCUUUAUCAACAGCAGCACAAGUGACAUAGAGAAAAGCCAGCAUUAUGAUGGAAAAAACAUGGCCCUGUUUGAGGAGGAGAUGGACACUAGUCCCAUGGUAUCUUCUUUGCUCAGCAGCCUAGCCAACUACUCCAACCUGACACAGGGCAGUAAAGAGCAUGAGGAGGCAGAAAACAAUGAGGAAGCACGCAAGAAAACUGUGCAGGCUCCACGCAUGGGCACGUUAAUGGGCGUUUACCUGCCAUGUAUGCAGAACAUCCUGGGGGUGAUCCUGUUUCUCAGGAUGACCUGGCUGGUGGGCGUUGGAGGUGUACUGGGCACAUUCACCAUCGUCUUCAUGUGUUGCUCCACGACUAUGCUGACAGCUAUCUCAAUGAGUGCAAUUGCCACCAAUGGAGUUGUGCCAGCUGGCGGUUCCUACUACAUGAUUUCUCGUUCACUGGGGCCAGAGUUUGGCGGGGCUGUUGGUAUUUGUUUCUACCUGGGUACCACUUACGCUGGAGCCAUGUAUAUCCUGGGCUGCAUCGAAAUUCUGCUGAUCUACAUUGUGCCAGCAGCUGCUAUAUUUAAAAUGGAGGGUCUGGAGGGAGCAGAGGCCGAGGCAGCACUGUUGAACAACAUGCGUGUGUACGGUACCAUCGUGCUCUCCUUAAUGGCUUUGGUUGUCUUUGUCGGUGUCAAGUAUGUCAACAAAUUGGCCCUCGUGUUCCUCGCCUGCGUCAUUCUCUCCAUCCUUGCCGUCUAUGCUGGGGUCAUCAAGACAUCUUUUGAUCCGCCAGACUUUCCGGUCUGUGUGAUCGGGAAUCGAACACUUAUGUCAAAGGGCUUUGACAUUUGUGCCAAAACCAUAGAAAGUGGCAAUGCUACAGUUACCACCAAGCUCUGGAGAGCCUUCUGUGACUCAGAAUUCCUGAACGCCACCUGUGAUGAGUACUUCACUAACAACAACCUCUCUCAGGUCCAGGGAAUCCCUGGAGUCACCAGUGGCAUCCUUGCAGAGAAUCUUUUCAGUUCCUUUAUGGAGAAAAAUUCGAUCUUAGAGAAACGAGGUCUGCAAGCAGUACUUGACCCUGACACCCCACCAACCAACACCAACCGAUAUGUCCUGGCCGACAUCACCAGCUUCUUCACCCUGCUGGUGGGCAUCUACUUCCCCUCUGUCACAGGUAUCAUGGCUGGCUCCAACCGUUCUGGUGACCUGCAGGAUGCUCAGAAGUCCAUCCCGAUUGGUACCAUCUUGGCCAUUGCCACCACCUCCUUUAUCUACAUGUCUAGUGUGAUUCUUUUUGGAGCCUGUGUUGACGGAGUCGUUUUGAGGGACAAGUUUGGGGAAGGUGUUGAUGGUAACUUAGUUAUUGGCACGCUGGCAUGGCCCUCGCCCUGGGUCAUUGUGUUUGGCUCCUUCUUCUCCACCUGUGGGGCAGGGCUUCAGAGUUUGACAGGAGCGCCUCGCCUCCUUCAAGCCAUCGCCCGAGACGGAAUCAUUCCUUUCCUCAGGGUGUUUGGUCAUGGCAAAGCUAAUGGUGAACCCACAUGGGCUCUUCUCUUGACGGCUUGUAUCUGUGAGAGUGGCAUCCUCAUCGCCUCGCUGGAUGCAGUUGCACCCAUUCUCUCCAUGUUCUUUCUUAUGUGCUACAUGUUUGUAAACCUGGCUUGUGCCCUGCAAACGCUUCUCAGAACCCCGAACUGGAGGCCACGCUUUAAGUUCUACCACUGGGCUUUGUCACUCUUGGGCAUGAGCUUGUGUCUUACCCUGAUGUUCUUGUGCUCCUGGUACUAUGCCAUUGUUGCCAUGGUGAUUGCUGGCUGUAUCUACAAAUACAUCGAGUUCUGUGGGGCAGAGAAGGAGUGGGGUGAUGGGAUACGUGGCAUAUCUCUCAGUGCUGCCCGCUUUGCUCUUAUGAGGCUGGAGGAAGGUCCUCCUCACACUAAAAACUGGAGGCCACAGAUUCUGGUGCUUGUGGGUUUGGAUGGUGAGCAGAAAGUGGAGCAACCUCGACUGCUUUCGUUGACCAAUCAGCUGAAAGCGGGCAAAGGUUUGACUAUCGUAGGGGCAUGUGUGGAGGGAACCUACUUGAACAACCAACCACAGGCACAGAAAGCAGACCAAUCUUUAAGGAAGCUGAUGGAGGUUGAGAAGGUGAAGGGGUUCAGUCAGGUGGUGAUCUCUUCUAACUUGCGGGAUGCCACUUCACACCUGAUCCAAGCUGGAGGACUCGGUGGCCUUCGCCACAACACUGUGCUGGUCAGCUUCCCCAAGAACUGGAAACAGGCCGAGGAGCGCCACCGCUGCAGGAACUUCAUUGAGGUUAUAAGGGAGACCACCGCGGCUCAUUUAGCCCUGCUGGUGCCAAAAAAUAUUUCUGCAUAUCCGUCAAAUGGCGAGCGUUUCACUGAAGGACACAUUGAUGUGUGGUGGAUUGUCCAUGAUGGAGGCCUGCUCAUGCUCCUUCCUUUUCUUCUGCGCCAGCACAAGGUGUGGAGGAAAUGUAAGAUGCGCAUCUUCACUGUGGCUCAGAUGGACGACAACAGCAUUCAGAUGAAGAAAGACCUGAUGAUGUUCCUUUAUCACCUGCGGCUUGAUGCUGAAGUGGAAGUGGUGGAAAUGCAUGACAGUGACAUCUCCGCCUACACCUACGAAAAGACCCUGAUGAUGGAGCAACGAUCACAAAUCCUUAAGGAGAUGCACCUAACCAAGAAUGAGCGUGAGAGAGAGAUUCAAAGCAUCACAGAUGUGUCUCGUGGGUCUAUUCGGCGAAAGAACCCUUCAAACGUGCACACCCAGAGGAGUAUCGCUGAAGAGUCAGUGACUGGAUGUGGCGAAGAGAAACCUGAGGAGGAGGUGCAACUCAUUCAGGGAAAAAAUGCCACACCCACCCCCACUAGCCCCACCUCCCCUGCCUCUCCCACCCCAGCAGCCAUGACCCCCGGAGAGGGGGUGCAGAUGACUUGGACGGAUGACAAAGAGAAGGCCAGUAUCCCAGCAGUGGCCAACCCAGAGAGUAUAAAGGACAUGUUCAACAUGAAACCGGAAUGGGAGAACCUGAAUCAGUCCAAUGUGAGACGUAUGCACCACGCACAGAAGCUCAAUGAGGUCAUCGUGAAGAAGUCCCAAGAAGCUAAACUAGUCCUGCUUAACAUGCCUGGACCACCUAAGAAUCGCACUGGAGAAGAGACCUUUCUACAGAACAAUGAGACAAAGCCUAUGGAGAACUCGUUAUAUCAGAACUAUCCUUUUUUUGCUGAUAUUCAGGUAAUGAUAUUUCUUGGAUUUGGCUGCCUUCUGGCCUUUUUCCGUCGUUAUGGGUUUGGUGGCAUGGUCUUUAAUUUCCUCACUGCCACAUUUACCAUUCAAUGGGCAAUUCUGGUCCAGGGCUUCUUCCAGUUUUAUUAUGAUGGGAAGAUUCACCUUGGAGUGCUGAAUCUGAUCAGUGCUGAGUUUGCCUGUGCCGUUGUGCUGAUCUCUUUUGGAGCAGUUCUGGGAAAGACCAGUCCUGUGCAGCUCCUGAUCAUGUCCUUGCUUGAGAUCCCUGUGUAUGCCACCACAGAAUGGGUUGUACUGAAAUACUUGAGGAUCAAUGAUGCUGGCGGCUCUAUCCUCAUCCACCUGUUUGCCUGCUACUUUGGGUUGGGUGUCACCUUCAUCCUGUACAGACCUAGCCUAAAUGAGGGACAUCCUAAAGAGGCAACAAGUUACCAGUCAGAUCUGUUGUCUGUGCUGGGAACACUGUUCCUCUGGGUGUUCUGGCCCUCUUUUAACUCAGCACUGACCUUCAAGGGUGAUGACCAGCACCGAGCUGUUCUUCACACGUUCAUAGGUCUCAGUGCCUCCACAAUCACUGCCUUUGCUCUGUCCACCAUGCUCAGCAAGAAUGGUAAGAUCAGCAUGGCCGAUGUGCAGAAUGUAACGUUGGCUGGUGGAGUAACUGUCGGUGCCUCGGUGGACAUGAUGAUCUCCCCGGCUGCUGCUUACAUACUGGGGAUCCUGGGAUGCAUAGCCUGCAUGCUGGGGUACAAAUACCUGAGCCCCUUUCUGGCACGGCGGCUGCGUGUGCAGGAUCAAUGUGGCAUACACAACCUGCAUGGCUUGACGGGACUCAUUUCCAGCCUAGCUGGAAUCUGUGCCAUUCUUCUGGCAAGUGAGGAAACAUACGGCCCCAGUCUCUACCAGACCUUGUCUCAUCGGGCACCCCCGGAGGGAGACCCUCAGCUCAUUGAGCUGCAGAAAUUGAUCCCAGAUUUGGAGGCAGGUUUGGGUCGGAGUGCACAGGAACAGGCUCUCUUUCAGGUGGCGGCAGUGUUCGGGACCAUCGCUGUGGCAGCAGUGGGGGGUUUGCUGACAGGUGUUGUUCUCAAGCUACCGUACCUGGCUUCCCCAACUGAUGAGAACUGCUUUGAUGAUGAGCUCUUUUUUGAUGUUCCUCCAGAUUACACUUGUGUACACAAUGCACCAGAUCUAGGGCCAUAUGUUAUCAAAGACUCAAAUAAAAGUGAUUCUGGCUAAAGAAUGAUGUAUUUAAUAGGGGACUGAUGUUUGACAAGAGUGUUAAACAAGAGGAAAAAUUCUGAAAGUUGGAUCUGGACAGAAAACACUGUGGACUUUUUAUAUGCUAUGAGUACUAUAUAAUAAAAAAAAAUGUUGGUGGGUCCAGGUUUUAAUAUGUGUACCAAAAAGUGUAUCAAGGAUUAAAUAUUUUGGUUUUAAGAAAUCACAAUUUGUUAAAAUAUGUUUUAUGAGAUUAAAUAUUAUAAAUAUAUGUUAUUUUACAUUGUUUUAAAAAUGGAUGAUUAUAUUGAAAACAGCCUAUG